ACUGUUCCUAAAUAUUAAUAAUGGACAUUAAUAUUUUGCCUGAGUACUGUAUGUUUUCUUAAUAUCAGACAUAUGUCACAACCACUUUUAACAGUUUUUCCUUCUGAUGUUAGGAGAUGUUAGAGGAAGGUGAAAAGUUGCAAGCCAGCCUACAGGAGGCACUUUCUCACCGACAUUUUCUAAUGGCCUGUCUGACAUUGGACUUGCUUGAGAAACUAGAAAAAGAUGGCUCAGAAGCUCUCAGAGAAGCAGACACACUGAAAAUUUCGCUAAGUCAGAGCCUAAAGGAACUUAAUCAAAGAAGUAAACAAAAACUGCCUGACAACCAGUCUUCAGACAAUCUGCAGGGGACAACGACCUCUGUGGUGGCACCGCCACGAAAAAGCAAGCACUCAUCUGAGAAAAAAACAGUUUAUCCUGUUUCAGCUUCAGCAUCUGUGGUGAUACAAAGCUAUACUACUUCUCAAGAACCACAGUCCAAAACUGUAGAUAUCACAGAUGAGCCUGUUACAAAUGAGGCAAAUAAGCCUGCUUCUGAGGAUCCCACCAUGAUGCACAACGUCACUGAAGAGACUCCUGCUGUUACUGAAGAAACUGAAAUUGAACAGCUGUAUGCUGAAAAUAAAACCAAGGACGAGGCAGAGAAUAAGCAAAAGCCUAGUAGUGAGAAAUCUCCAGUGACUGGAAAGCAAACUAAAGUGGCUGUGGAAAAAAGUGAAAUCAUUCAAAAAGGUAAGAAGUCCAAGAGUUUUGAGGUCUCUCAGCUUGCAGAGCCAAUGUUUCCACUGGAAAAAGUUGCUAGUAUGCAGUCAACGGAAACCAAAGAUGAAUCAGAGAAGUAUAACGUAACAUCAGAGUCAGCUGAAACACCUAUGGCAAAAUGUAGAUUAUUGCCUAUGACGAGAAAAUCAAAGAGCACAGAACUUUGCCUUGCUCUUGGUGAUACUGAGUUACCUCAAACAAGGAAAGAUCCUCAAAGCAAAAGUUCUUCUUUGGACUUUAAUGGCGAGAACAAAGGUUUUGUUACUGAAAAGAAAAAACCUGUACCUGUUGGGUCUUCAACUCCAACUCCAAAUAUGCCAGAAAAAUUAGCUCAAACAACUGAUGUAGAAAAAGGCCAGUUUUCACCAAGCACAGGAAAGUCAAAAGCUUUAAUGAGUUCUCCAGAAUUUCCUUCAGUGGCACAGACACAAUCCAAGAAAAAGCCUGAAAAUCAGACAUCACCGUCAGUUCCGGAGGUUGUCAAAGAACCAAGUGAACAAGAAACUGAAAGUAAAAAGCCAGAUUUACAUGAAGAUAUAGAUACUGGAACAGCUGAAACUACUGAUGAAAACUUGACAGAGGUUUCAAUAAUGGACACAAAGUCAGGGCAUCCAAAGGUUUAUCUUGGGCUUCCUAACAAAGACCACAUUCCAACUACAAUACAACAUGAGAGUGAUAUAUCAUUCUUGCCUACCACAAAGCCAGUUGAGACAAAGGAAGAGCCAGAUAGUCAGAGAUGUCCUUUAUCUCCAGAGGUUGCAACUGCAGCAACAGAAAUUACUGCUAUGAAUAAAGGAAAGCGUUCCCCAUCCAAAAGAAAGUCAAAGAGUCGUAAAGCUUCCUCAGAACUUAAUAGUACAGAUUUGCCUGAGACUUUGAAAGAAUUUGAAACUGUGGAUCCCACCAAGGAAACUAAGGUUACCACUUUAGAAAAGCCUGAUAUCCCCCCAACAAGAAAAACUUCAAAGACUUUUGUGGAGUCAAUACCUACCACAGAAAGACAUCCUGAUGCGGAAAAUGAAUAUACUAAGAAAGAACUUGAGAGUGUGAAAUCUACCACACCUACAGAAAUGGCUACUAUACAGACUGAACAUGUUAUGGUAUAUCCGACAAAGAAAGAGGAAGAGUCAGACAGUCAGAGAUCUCCAGUAUCUUCAGAGGUUCCCACAGCAAAAGAAAUGACUGCUGUCCAAACAGAAAAGCACUCACCACCCAAAAGAAAGUCAAAGAGUCGUAAAGCUUCCUCAGAACUUAUUAGUCCAGAUUUGCCUGAGACCUUGAAAGAACCUGAAUCUGUGGGUUUCCUCAAAGAAGCUAAGAUUACCACUUUGGAAAAACCUGAAUCCCCCCCAACACAGAAAACUUCAAAGAGUCUUGUAGAGUCCAAGAAAAUAGAGAAAGAAACAGAAAUGGAAAACACAGCUUUAAAUGUACAGGUGAUUACUGGAAAAAUUGAAACUGUUGCUGUAGAGUCAACUGAACUUUUACCAAGUGAAAGAAAACCAGAGAUUCCAAAGGUUUCUCUUGAGCUUGCAAUCAAGGACCAGAUUCCAACUACAAAGGAACAUGACAGUGAAACACUGUCAGUCUCAUCCACAGAGCGCUCACCACCCAAAAGAAAGUCAAAGAGUCGUAAAGCUUCCUCAGAACUUAUUAGUGCAGAUUUGCCCGAGACUUCGAAAGAACCUCAACCUGUGGGUUCCACCAAGGAAGUUAAGAUUACCACUUUGGAAAAGCCUGAAGCCCCACCAAUAAGGAAAACUUCAAAGAGUCUUGUCAAGUUAAUAUCUACCACUGAAAGAGAGCCUGACGCAGAAAAUGAAUAUACUAAGAGAGAGAUUGACAGUGUGAAAUCUACCACACCUACAGAAAUGGUCACUGUGCAGACUGAACAAGUUACGGUGUAUCUGACGAAGAAAGAGGAAGAGUCAGAUAAUCAGAGAUCUCCUGUAUCUCCAGAGGUUGCCACAGCAACAACAGAAAUUACUGCUGUGAAUAAAGGAAAGCUUUCACCACCCAAAAGACAGGCAAAGAGUCGUAAAGCUUCCUCAGAACUUAUUAGUACAGAUUUGCCUGAGACUUUGAAAGAACCUCAAUCUGUGGGUUCCACCAAGGAAGCAAAGAUUACCACUUUGGAAAAACCUGAAUCCCCCCCAACAAGGAAAACUUCAAAGAGUCUUGUGAAGACCAAGGAGACAGAAAAUGAAACAGAAAGAGAAAACGCAGCCUUACAUUUACAGGUGAUUGCUAGAAAAACUGAAACUGUUGCUGUAGAGUCAACUGAACUUUCACCAAGUGAAAGAAAACCAGAGAUUCCAAAGGUUUCUCUUGAGCUUGCAAUCAAGGACCAGAUUCCAACUCAAACGGAACAUGACAGUGAAAGGCUGUCACUCUCAUCUACAGAGCAAGUUACUGCUGUUGUUUUGGAAGACGUGUCUCCCACACAAACUGGAGGAAAAUCAGAUGAUGUGGAAUUUUCCAUAGCUCCUGAGUCAGUCCCUACCAUUGAAAGACAGCCUGAUGCAGAAAAUGAAUAUACUAAGGAAGAGCUUGACAAUGUGACAUCUACCACACCUUCAGAGGUGGUCACUGUGCAGACUCAACAUGCUAUGGUGGAACUGACAAAGAAAGAGGAAGAGACUGAUAGCCAGAGAUCUCCAGUAUCUCCAGAGGUUGCCACAGCAACAACAGAAAUUACUGCUAUGAAUAAAGGAAAGCUUUCACCACCCAAAAGAAAGUCAAAGAGUCGUAAAGCUUCCUCAGAACGUUUUAGUACGGAUUUACCUGAGACCUUGAAAGAACCUGAAUCUGUGGGUUUCCUCAAAGAAGCUAAGAUUACCACUUUGGAAAAACCUGAAUCACCCCCAACAAGGAAAUCUUCAAAGAGUCUUGUAGAGUCCAAGAAAAUAGAGAAAGAAACAGAAAUGGGAAACACAGCUUUAAAUGUACAGGUGAUUGCUGAAAAAACUGAAACUGUUGCUGUAGAGUCAACUGAACUUUCACCAAGUGAAAGAAAACCAGAGAUUCCAAAAGUUUCUCUUGAGCUUGCAAUCAAGGACCAGAUUCCAACUACAAAGGAACAUGACAGUGAAACACUGUCAGUCUCAUCCACAGAGCGCUCACCACCCAAAAGAAAGUCAAAGAGUCGUAAAGCUUCCUCAGAACUUAUUAGUGCAGAUUUGCCUGAGACUUUGAAAGAACCUCAAUCUGUGGGUUCCAUCAAGGAAGUUAAGAUUACCACUCUGGAAAAACCUGAAGCUCCCCUAACACAGAAAACUUCAAAGAGUCUUGUGGAGUCUGAGGUCACAGAGAAAGAAACUGUAAGGGAAAACAUAGCCUUACAUUUACAGGUGAUUACUAGAAAAACUGAAACUAUUGCUGUAGAGUCAACUGAACUUUUACCAAGUGAAAGAAAACCAGAGAUUCCAAAGGUUUCUCUUGAGCUUGCAAUCAAGGACCAGAUUCCAACUCAAACGGAACAUGACAGUGAAAGGCUGUCACUCUCAUCUACAGAGCAAGUUACUGCUGUUGCUUUGGAAGACGUGUCUCCCAUACAAACUGGAGGAAAGUCAGAUGAUGUGGAAUUUUCCAUAGCUCCUGAGUCAGUCCCUACCAUUGAAAGACAGCCUGAUGCAGAAAAUGAAUAUACUAAGGAAGAGCUUGACAAUGUGACAUCUACCACACCUUCAGAGGUGGUCACUGUGCAGACUCAACAUGCUAUGGUGGAACUGACAAAGAAAGAGGAAGAGACUGAUAGCCAGAGAUCUCCAGUAUCUCCAGAGGUUGCCACAGCAACAACAGAAAUUACUGCUAUGAAUAAAGGAAAGCUUUCACCACCCAAAAGAAAGUCAAAGAGUCGUAAAGCUUCCUCAGAACGUUUUUAA